CUUACACUGAGCAAAUGUUCUCUCACAGGGUCACAAAUGGUCCAAACAUGAACGGACCUGCGUCAAAAUUCACGAGGAAUUACAUUCCCUCCGCUGAUAAAUUGUUGUGAUAUUGGGCAGGUUAUACAGGUUCCUUAUCUGCAGUAUUCCGGUGAACACACACAGGCUGCGGCAGAAGCUGAUAGACGAAGAGCUGAAGACAUGGCACAAACGUUUAAUGGAAAACCAGGAGACCGGAUCGUGAUCGACCGUUUGGUCUAUCACCACUGGGCCAUCUACAUCGGAGAGAAUGAAGUGGUUCAUUUAGUUCCACAUGGUGGUGACUCAUCUAGCUCGCUGGAGCUUCUGAGCAUCAGAGGAGAGGUGAAGCGUCAGAAGCUCGCUGACGUGGUUGGCAAUGACAGUUACCAGGUCAAAAAUCUGCUGGAUAAAAAGUACAGGGCUCGUGAUUCCUCUGUCAUAGUGAAGGAAGCCUGUGCAAUGGUGGGCCGCGAGCUAUCGUACAAUGAUGAUACUUACAACUGCGAGCACUUUGCUACGGACCUGCGAUACGGCGAGGCAGAGUCUCGGCAGGUUCGAAGAGCAGCUUGCCCAGCAUUGGCAGGCCUCGCUGCAGCCAGGGCUGCAACUAACGACUUUUCUGAUAGUCGAUUGAUCUAUCGAUCAUUGAAACGAUUAAGCAAGUAAUCAGAUUAUGAAUGUUUCAGCAUAGAGGAAAAGGAAGAGGAAAAGAAAAAAGAAGACUUCAGGAAGAAGACAUCAUCAACACUGGCACUAAUGAGACAGAUAAAUUGUGAUAUUUCAAACACUCCGGGAAGAUGAACAAACUCAAAAUCACUGGGUUCAUCUGUCACCUUCACUGUGUCGUAUACAUAAUAAUCCAGAAUGUUAAACUAACCAUCUCACAGCCAUUAAAGGUCCGAUGUGUAAGAUUUAGGUGAAAGGAUCCACCAGUGUUUCAUCUAAAUUGUACAAAUUGUUGUUUUCUUUACCCUAGAAUGGGUCGUUUAUAUUUAAAUACUUCAUAUGAAUAUACUUUCACCUCAAUCUUACACACUGAACCUGUAAGAUUGAAACCAAAAGAAAUAAUAACAAGAUAUUUAUCAUGAGGAUAAAAAUGACCGACUUAUACGAACAUUUUCAUCUUGAUCUAAUUUUUGUCUUUAUCGUCCGGCCCUAAGUGGAGUAAACGUAGCUUGUAGCUUAUCUUUUUUUUUCUUAUGUGUGUUGUAUUUAUUGUGUUUUUAUGUUUUUAUGUUCAUUGUAUGCACCAACAACCAGAGCAAAUUCCAGGUAGGUGUAAACCUACUUGGCAAUAAAUACAUUCCGAUUCUGA